GUCCGGGAUAGACCCUACACGGCCAUGCAUACCCAGUAGGCCAACUACAAAUGCAAGUGACUCCUAUGGGCUUCACCAAUGUUGUGGCAAAGGCACAAAGAAGAAUGCUCGGAGUUGCGGGAGACAUGUUGCCUGCAAAAUGUGAACCUUACAUUGACGAUAAUCCAAUCAAAGGCGCACAGGACAAGGACGGACCAGAAAUUCAACCUAUAAUACGAAGAUUCGUGUGGGACAACCUGCAGGAUAUCAAAGAGUUUCUCCUGGUGUACAACAUCACUGCCAACAGUCCCAAGAGUAUCCUGGCAGUUCCAGAAGUGACCAUCCUGGGGUUUUGUUGCGGGUCAUAUGGGAGGAAGCCCGACCCGACCAAGACUGAUAAAAUCUCUCAAUGGUCAACACCUCCACAUACCACAACGAAAGUGAGGGCCUUCCUAGGGGUUGUAGGGUUCUGGAGAAUUUUCAUCAAAGGCUUCACUAAGAUAGCAGAGCCCAUUCGGGCCAUGAAUCACGAGGAGGGUAUAUUGGACUGGACAGAGGAACGAGAAGCCGCCGUCCAGACCUUGAAAGACAUAUUGACGUCCGAACAGGUCACCCUUGAACUGGACAGAGGAACGAGAAGCCGUCGUCCAGACCUUGAAAGACAUAUUGACUUUGAUUACAAGAUCGAGUGCAUAGCCGGUCUUGGGAAUAGGGCCGAUGGCUUGAGCAGGGUUUGCAUCACACCGGAGGGAGUAGAGGACACAAAACCUAUCGAUGCGUUCCUCAACUAUGAGGGAGGGACCCUUGUGGUAGACAAAAAGAUGGUAGAGUCUGCCUACACACCCGGGGAACUGUUGAUUAAGGCAUUGGAGAAAGGGUCUCCCGCAGUAGUGGCAAAAGUCAAGGAAGGCGCAGUCACAAGGACCGACCGUAAGGAGGAGAAUGACUCAUGGGGUGACAUUGUGGGGCCUCAGGAAGAGUUGAUGGCAAUGGCCGUAGAAGGCGGACGGGAAGCGGUUAUGAGUUUGGUUGAGUCAUGGGAACAGAAGCGGCAACAGUACUUAGUAAACCAAGAGCAGCGUACGACCCGGGUUUUUGAACCCUUGAGACCCACGCGAGUGCUUGGACCAGGACACCUGGUUCAUCUCGAUCUCGUGGUCAUGCCUGUAUCCGCGAAAGGAUACCGAUAUAUACUUGACGCUAGAGAUAAUCUUAGUGGGUUUGUGGAAGCAGUAGCCCUUAACAAGAAAAUCGGAUCGAUAUUGGUAGAUUGGAUCGAGGACUUCUACUUGAGGCACCCUUUCAUCAGAAGAUUCAUAGCUGAUAAUGGGACAGAGUUCGUAAAUCAAGACGUGUUGAGCACAUGCAAAAGACUUGGGGUGCCCAUUAAGCUAAUUGAACCAUACCACCCAGAGGCUAAUGCGCCCGUGGAGAGAGGGCAUCAAACACUAAAGAACACGAUCGCGAAGUUAGCAGUUGAUGAUCUUGGGAACUGGCCUAAGUAUCUCAAGCAGGCCGUUUUCGCAGAGAACACGACUCCAAAAAGGACUACAGGAUGUAUUCCAGCCGAGUUAUGGUACGGGAGGGAAAUUGACUUCCCAGUGGAAGCCUUAGUACCGACUUGGAAUAGGUUGGAUGAUGACCCGCGCUUGACGACGGAACCAGGUGAAAGACAAGGCAAGGUGGGAUCAACUGAAGAACAUCAGGAAAGAACCACUACAGGUGGGGGAAAUGGUCCUAGUCAGGAAUUUGGCACUAAAGAGCACUUGGUCGGGACAGCUGGGAAAAAGGUUCAAGGGCCCCUACCGGGUCACCAAGAGGCUGGGGAUGAACACUUUUGAGUUGGAACGUUUGGAUGGGACCAGGGUGAAAGGACCAUUUACAGGAUAACGGCUGGUCAGAUUUCUAAGUCGGGAUCCAGUGGAACAUU